AUGGCUGGACCGCCUGUGAAGACGAUCAUCUUCGACCUCGGCGAUGUCCUCUGCCGCUGGAAACCGCCAACCAAUCUGUCUGUUGAUCCAAAGCUCUUGAAGGAGUUUCGCAACUCACCAACAUGGUACAAAUACGACUGUGGAGAAAUUGGCGAAGAUGAAUGCUUCUCACAGCUAGCAGGACACGGAAACGUCCCUGUGGAGGACGUCAAAAUUGCUUUCCAACAGGCUAGAGACUCGCAGGCUCAGAAUGACAAAGUGGUAGAAACCAUCACCGAGUUGAGGGCGGCCCACCCGGACCUGAAGAUCUACGCCAUGUCGAAUAUAUCCAGACCAGAUUGGGAGAUCCUCAGGGGUAAAGAUUUCAACUGGAAUAUUUUCGAUCGAGUUUUCACUUCGUCCGAGGCUGGAAUGUGUAAGCCGGAACUUCGGUUCUUUCACCACGUUCUGAAGCAGAUCCAGAUGGCUCCCAGCGAAGCAGUCUUCGUCGACGACAAAUUGGAAAAUGUCAUCGCUGCACAGUCAGUGGGGUUCCGGGAAACAAUUGUCUUUGUUGAUGUCCCGAAUAUGCGAAGAGCACUCUUGAACGUCCUGGAAGACCCGGUUCGCAGAGGGAGGGACUGGCUUCGAAGGGAAGCAGGGCACCUCUAUUCAGAGACAGACACAGGAGUGGUGGUUCCCGACAAUUUUGCCCAACUCCUGACAUACGAGCUUACUGGCGAUUUGAACCUUCUAAGUCUCAAAUACUUUGAUCGGACCUGGAACUAUUUCAUACAGUCUCCGUUCGGAACGUCGAAGAACUACCCAGAUGAUGUUGACACGACGUCAUAUGCAUACAAACUUUUAUCUCUCGACCGCUCAGUAGCAAGUUCCAUCAUGGAUGAGAUGAUAUCUUCCCAGUGGACUACAGCAGACAACAUUGUCCAGGGAACUCGGUACUACCAUCAACCCGACACGUAUCUCUACUUUUUUGCGCGGUUACUCAACGAAAAUCCGGAAUCGGAUAUGUUCCGCAACACAUCAGCAUUGCUACGCGAACGGCUCAAUGAGCGUAUCAACACACCAGCAGACUCUCUUGGGCUGGCAAUGCGGGUGCUGGCAUGCCACUACAUGGGCAUACGAGACGAGUUGGACUUGCAGCAGCUGAUGAAGAAGCAGCAAGAAGACGGAUCGUUUGAAAUUGGGUGGCUAUGCCAGUACGGCAAAACGCAGAUGAAACUGGGCAAUCGGGGCCUCACAACAGCACUAGCAGUGACUGCAAUCAAGGCACUGAGCUGA